UGCGCCAGCAAAACCACGCCCCUUCUUUCUACGAGCCAUGUGGCUGUAGUUGGUAAAUAAAGAUAGCUGCUAAUUUCUGAUCCCGAUUUUUUGCACAAACGCUGACCUCUGAACAGUCGGAGCUGCCAAAAAAAAUAAAAAAUAUGUCGGCGGGCGUCGUGAACCUCCAGGCGGAGGUGGAGUCGGUGCUGGGAGCGCUGGUCAAAGCGGCCACGGUGGAGUUAACCAAACUGUUCGAGAGCAGGUACGGAGCAUCGGUGCUGGAUGUGGAUGUGGGCCUCAAUAAUACCAAAAGGGAAAAUGAAACCUUGGAGACACUGGAUAGUUUAUCGGCUGGGGACACGAAACGCAGCAUCGGAGUGCAGGUGGACGGGGACAUGUAUUCGCAGUUGGAGCCUUGCGGUGCCCCCCUCCUCUCAGAUGCUAAUUGUUUGGGGGAGAACAGAGAGGAGGAGGAGGAGGAGAUGGUGGGCCUCAUUCCAUCAGAAAUCCUAGCGGCUGUAGAUAAUGGCCUAGUUGACCCUGCAUGGUCAUCCCUGAAGGAGAAGGAUGUGGGAGAGACUGUGGACAUGGUGGAGUUUGCCAGGUUGGAAAAUGAGUUACCAAAUCACUCCGAACCUCCAACAGAAGUUGUUCUGAAGGUCUCUGCAGAGACAUGGACAGAGACGUUACUGCACGGAUCGACGCAAAGCUCUCCACCAAAACAGAAGCCUCUUGUGAUCCAACCAGAUACACACAAUAUCAUCUCUGGCGAGAAGGUGAAGUUCGUUUGCCCACUGCUCCUCAAGCAGGAGUCUUCAGCUCUCAACCCCGACAGUUCAGAGAAGCCUGUCCAAGCCGAGCCUCAGCCAGCCUGUGUCAGCACCGCCAAGGGCACCGCCUACAGUCCGUCCCCGUCUGAUGGAGCCACUACUCCUGCUCAAGCUGGGGUUUGGGAGCGAAUCCAUACGCCAAAGGAGGAAAAAGACAAUCUCCACAUUAAACUGAAACUGACUUCUCCUGACCAAAAGCUGACGCUUCCCUGCGCAGUACAACUGGUGAAUGUGCUCACAGUGCCUGAGUCAGAGAUUAAAGUUCAGGAUGAUGCUAAGCACAAAAGAGAUCGACCUAUUCCCAAAGACCUUCGCCGCCACCAGGGUCCUCACACAGGCCAUCGGCUCUGCUGCUUCACCCCCUGUGGAGAUGGCGUUUGGCGGCUCGCGAAGGUAGUCACCCACACUCGCAAUGGAUACGCUUGCAACAUCUGUGGGAAGACGUUUAAGCGGAGGAAGAUUCUCCGCCGGCAUGCGCGGUUUCACACCGGAGAAAAACCCUACUCCUGCACGCAGUGCUCGAAGACAUUUGCACUGAGGAAGAGCCUCCGGCGCCACCUGAGGUUCCACACGGGGGAGAGGCCGCACUUGUGCACACAGUGCAACAAAAGCUUCCGUCUGAGAGACAAUCUGAAAGCGCACCUGAGGUUUCACACAGGAGAGAAGCCUUUCAGCUGCAUCACUUGUGGCAAGAUGUUCAGGAUCAUGAGAAACCUGGAAAAACAUCAGUGUGAAUUCUUUGUUCCGUCAUUCAGGAUGAUCGCUGGCAUGUAGCCGUAGAAAAAGUGGCUGUUGGCAGUGGUUGUGCCAUUUUCUACCUCAGACUGAAAACACUGUAUUGUAUUUGUAGAGGGGCCAAUGGAGGUUCUGAGAUAAGUAUAGUUCAAGCUAUAAGAGAAACAGAAACCAGGACCCAGAUUGAUUCUCGAUACUUAGUCAUUCCAGAAAGAUUAUAUUUUAAGAAAACCACGGAGUCGCAUUAUGAUGUGAGAUUUUUUUAUGGCUUUGUAAUGAUUUUGCGUGUUUUUUAGUCCUUGCCAUAUUUUGCGGACCAUUAAAAGGACUGAAACUGUGUGCAAGAAUUAUACACUACUACUUGACACGUUUUUAGCAUUGGACCUUUUGAGAAACACAUGAUCGGUCUGCAUGUAAUCCCUUAACCAAGCACUGUUCACAACACAUACUACAAACAGUACAAGCUGAAGUACUCUGCUGCUCCACAGAGAAGAUUGUCUUGUAACGGGUUGGAACACAGUGGUAUCAUUUAUGCUUUUAUUUACGGAUAGAAGAUAUCUGGUAACUGGGUGGUGGGGCAAAAUACAGAUGUUUACCUGCCAGGCUUUCCCUUUAUAUAAAGCACAUGCAGUGAUUUUGUUUUUUUUGUUUUUCGUUUUUGAUGUAUAUAUUCUUGAUAUAUCAAGUUUUUCUUAUACUAACGUCUCUUGUCAAAAAGUGUUUGAUUAUGAUGGUUGAUUGUUUUCCUGAAUGUAUGUAGACUUCUCUCUUUCAUGACUUACAUGUUUAAGGCAGUCCAUGCUGACUAUGCUUGGAAAUCUAGCAUUAAUGAUAAAGUACUUAGUAAAGAUAUCCAUUCUAUGAAGUGUACAUAUGGUGAAACAAAUGUGAUCCUUGGGCCUCUUUUUUAGAAGUGUUUUGAAAAUAAAAAGUUUUAUAUACCUUAACACGGAUACUACACACUGACAAAUGUCUGUAUUCAUCUUCUUAAAUGUCUGUUGCUUGACAGCAUUUUCAUUCUGUUUUAAUAAAAAAGAAAAAGAUAUUGUGGCACACA